GUUGCACGACAACGAAAUGCUUUACGGUCACGUUGCUUUGCGGUAAGACGAUUGACCAGCCAAACUAACAAGAGCUAAAUUAGUCAAGAGGAAUAAUAUACUGUAAAGUUUAAGUUGCCGUGUCAAUAAAAUAGGAUACUUUAGUCAUAAUGGACGUUGGUGAAUUACUGAAUUACCAGCCUGACCGAGGGGCGAAGCGUAUCCGAGAGGAGGAUGGAGGUGGGGGAGGAGCGGAGGAGGACCUGCGGAGCAAACAGCAGAGGAGCCUGGCUAGGGAGCUGGCUCUAGCUAGGCACCUGGAGGGAGAUGAUGCGGACACAGACGAGCACUCCGGAGACAAGAAGAAACUUCUGGAGAAAAUACUGGAUGAUGACGAGGAACCUGAGGGCGAGCCCGUGGACGAGAGUUCGGUGAAGAAGAUGAUUCUGACCUUUGAGAAAAGGUCCUACAAGAACCAGGAGCUGAGGAUCAAAUUCCCCGACAACCCAGAGAGGUUCAUGGAGACGGAGCUGGACCUGAAUGACAUCAUCCAGGAGAUGCACGUGAUCGCCACCAUGCCGGACCUCUACCACCUCCUGGUGGAGCUCAACGCCGUGCACUCGCUGCUGGGCCUCCUCAGCCACGAAAACACCGAUAUAGCGAUAGCCGUGGUGGACCUUCUGCAGGAGCUGAGCGACACCGACACGCUGCAUGAGAGCGAGGAGGGAGCGGAGGUGCUGAUCGACUCCCUGUUGGAGGGCCAGGUGGUGGCUCUGCUGGUCCAGAACAUGGAGAGGUUGGAUGAGACUGUUAAAGAGGAGGCAGACGGCGUCUACAACACACUAGCCAUCAUAGAGAACAUGGCUGAGUUCAGACCUGGCCUGUGUACAGAAGCUGCCCAACAGGGACUCAUGCAGUGGCUUCUGAAGAGAAUCAAGGCGAAGAUGCCUUUCGAUGCUAACAAACUGUACUGCAGUGAGAUCCUGGCCAUCCUGCUUCAGAACAAUGACAGCACCAGGGAGCUGCUAGGGGAGCUGGACGGGAUAGACGUGCUGCUGCAGCAACUCUCUGUGUUUAAGCGCCACAACCCCAGCACAGCAGAGGAACAGGAGAUGAUGGAGAACCUGUUUGAUGCCCUCUGCUCCUGCCUGAUGCUGCCAGCCAACAGAGAGCGCUUCCUCCGGGGGGAGGGGCUGCAGCUCAUGAACCUCAUGCUGAGGGAGAAGAAGAUGUCUCGGACCAGCGCCCUGAAAGUUCUGGACCACGCUAUGAUGGGCCAAGAGGGAGCAGACAACUGCCACAAGUUUGUGGACAUCCUGGGCCUCAGGACCAUCUUCCCUCUGUUCAUGAAGACGCCCAAGAAGAUGAGGAAGGCUGGCUUGUCAGACAAGGAACAUGAAGAACACGUGUGUUCCGUCAUCGCCUCCAUGCUAAGGAACCUCAAGUCUCAGCAGAGGGGGAGAAUGCACAGCAAGUUCACCGAGAACGACUGCCAGAAGGUUGAUAGGCUGAUGGAGCUGCAUUUUAAGUACCUGGAGGCCGUCCAGCAGGCUGACAAGAGGAUCGAAGGAGAGAAACACGACAUGGUGCGCCGCGGGGAGAUUCUGGACGAUGGGAUGGAGGAUGAGUUCUACCUGCGGCGUCUGGACGCUGGCCUCUUCGUCCUGCAGCUGCUCUGCUACAUCAUGGUGGAGAUCAGCAACUCAGGCAUAGCCCAGCUGCAGCAGAGGGUUCACCAGAUCCUGAACCUGCGAGGAGGGUCAGUCAAGGUGGUGCGUCACAUCAUGAGAGAGUACGCAGAGAGCAUCGGCGAUGGGAAGAGUGAGGAGUUCAAGGAGAUCGAGCAGAAGAGGAUCAUGGACCUCCUGGAAAUCUUCUAACCCUCUUCCCCAUCCUCUGUCAUGCUCUGGUCGCUUAUUUGUUGUUUUUAUGUAAAGCGUAUUUUCUAAUUUGCUUUUUGUUAAUAAAAUGUCCCCCAAGACA